CACACACACACACACUUCCUCAUUAGUGUGCGUGUGCUUGAAGCUGUGCAUUGUGUGGUGAAGAAUGCACUUACUGCUAUGGACUGCUUUGCUUGUCUCCGGUUGCUAUGGACAGCUGGAGGUGUGUGGUCGAGCUCCCCUCAACACCAGGAUAGUCGGGGGCCAGGACGCUCCUGCAGGAAACUGGCCCUGGCAGGCCAGUCUGCACUUCGUUCUCUCUGGAGUCCUCAGCUCCUUCCUUUGUGGAGGGUCCCUCAUCAAUGAGCAGUGGGUGCUCUCAGCUGCAAGCUGUUUUAGCAGUAUAUCAUCAAGUGAUCUCGAGGUGUAUCUGGGCCGGCAGAACCAGGAGGGCAGUAACCCGAACGAAGUGAAAAGGACGGUGAGCCGGAUCAUCACUCAUCCCAGUUUCAACCCUGUCACCCGUGACAACGACAUCGCUCUGCUUCGUCUGAGUGCCCCAGUCACCUUCACCAACUUCAUCAGCCCUGUGUGUCUGGCUGCCAGUGGGAGUGUUUUCCUCAACGGGGUUGACAGCUGGGUCACUGGCUGGGGAGACGUCGCAGAGGGAGAACCCCUUCCAUCUCCUGGCACUUUAAAGGAAGUGGAGGUGGCUGUGACUGAGAACACCCAGUGCCAGUCUUUGUAUGAAGCCGUGCCAUUCACAGUCACAGACAACAUGAUCUGUGCUGGCAAACUUGCAGGAGGCAAAGACUUGUGUAAGGGAGACUCAGGAGGUCCACUGGUGAGCCAACAGGACUCUGUGUGGGUCCAGUCUGGUAUUGUUUCUUUAGAAGGUUGUGCUCAACCCAAUCCUACUGGAGUCUACACCAGGGUGUCCCGUUAUGAGAGCUGGAUCAACUCUGAGAUCAGCACUAAUCAACCAGGCUUCGUCCUGUUCACUGUCAAUUCCACUGUUCCCUCUCCUAGUGCAUCUAAAGCCCCAGAGCCCACCAGUACGUCUAUACCUCAUGGACGUUACUGCCGCCCCCGCCUAAUUGACAACAUUGCGAUUCCCAUGGUGACGGUUGUAGCCAAAGUGAACAAACCCUCGGGCCACAUUGACUUUGAUCAGCUGACACAACUCAUUACCAGAGAGAUUGACAAAUCCUCAAAGGUACAUUAUGCAGAUCCAUUAUAUCAGAAAACAAACUUUCUCCAAAUUUCUCAGAGCAAUGCCUCAGAGAGCAGAUUGGAGGUGGAAGUCCGUCAGUGGUUCCAGCUGCCUGCGAAUGGGGGCCUUCUUUGUUUCCCUGGCAACAGCACUGUCAUGAAUGUUGUGAGACAAACACUCACAUCACAGUUUGCCCAAGUUUCUAUCAUCAAUGUCACAGAUAGUCUCUGUGUUGUGGUGACUUUCGAAACCGACAUUCAGUUUGAGGAGAAACUCAGGAACCACACCAGCGAAGAGUUCAAGACACUGGAAAGGCGCAUUGUUAGAGUGAUUAAUGAUAUUUCCAGCACCAAAUAUGGAAUACGCUAUAAAAGAACUAUUGUCAUUGGAUUCAGGCCACGGCGAACAAGCAGAAGGACUAAACGAAAUGUCGCCAUGGAGACAGAGGUGGAGCUCCAGGAAGAGUUUGACUCUGUUUCCACUUCCUCCUCGACCUCAGACUCCUCCUCUCAUUUCCUGCGGUCCAGUGACGUCAUUGAAACACUGAAGACGGCUGCUGCUAAUACAAGUUUAGGCUUCACUAUGGAUGUAGAAUCCAUUGACAUCACAAAAGUGACUGUCCCUUCCAGAGCGGUGCCCUGCAUGCAGAACACCAUCGGACCCAUGGGUCUGACUGGGAUCUCUCUGCUCAUCUCAUGGACCUGGUUGGCACGCUGACCUGUCAAUCAAUCCAGCAUCCAAUCCUGUGUUAGAUUUGGAGACACAGCUGCAGCUUCCCUUCUUCUCAGUAGCACUACUUCAAGUUCUUGGUUUCCAUACGUCCUCUCUCUCCAGGCUAGUGGCUAACAUUAGCAAUACUGUCACCCCAUUAGCCACCACCACACACACCCACGCACUAUUUCAUUACCCCCCCCCUUCCCCCCAAACAUCCCAUUAGCCAG